UGAGAGGUUUCGAUAGUUUGACUCAAGAGAAAUUUCAAUAAUUUCUCUAAAACAUUCUUCGGCGGUAGUAUAAAUUCAAAACUUAAGAAAACCUUUUUAAAGUCAUAUUUUCUUCUCCAAGCAUCUAAGAACUCAUUCUGUACCUCUGAUUCUCGUAUACAAUAAUAUUUUUGUAUAGCUAAUUCAACAUCUUAUUUUAGAUGGUUUGACACAUUAUUUCCACGUAUACCUGUACCAUCACAAAAAGAGAUAAUGGACAAAUUAAAAAAACAUGGAGUUUAUAAGGAUGAUCUCGAGAAUUCGACGAGGGAACAUGAAGAAUUUGAUCGGAAUUCACUUUCGACAAAUUUAACUUCAACAGCAGUACCUGAAAUGCCGGAGACAUUUGGAAUUGUUUUGCCCUCAACAAUUACUUCAACAGCUGCAACAAAUGAUAUAUCUACAAAUCAAACAAAAAAAC